AUGGCCCAAACUCUCCCACCACACAAGUAUACCAUUUUUACAAUUCUCCUAUUCUCAAUUCUCCUGCAUGGAGAAUCCCAUAAAUUUUCAAGAAACUUGUCACCAAAAUCACUCGGUUUGAAGAAACAAAAACUAAGCCACCUCCACUUUUACUUCCAAGACAUAGUCGGUGGCGAUCACCCCACCGCAUUACAGGUGGCCCAAUCGCCCAUAACCAACACCUCCCACACUGGGUUUGGUUAUAUGGUCAUGAUUGACGACCCUCUGACAGUGGGUCCCGAAAGAACUUCUAAGAUUGUGGGAAGAGCUCAGGGGAUCUAUGCAUCUGCUGACUUGAAUCAAGUCGGGUUGUUAAUGGCUAUGAAUUAUGUUUUUAUUGAAGGAAAGUAUAAUGGUAGCACUCUGAGUAUAUUGGGGAGGAAUUCGGUGUUCUCGCCAGUGAGAGAGCUUCCCAUUGUUGGCGGGAGUGGACUUUUCCGGUUUGCACGUGGGUAUGCUCUUGCAAAGACUCAUUCUUUGAAUAUCAGCAAUGGUGAUGCGACUGUUGAGUAUAACGUUUAUGUCCAACACUAUUGA